AACAACCAUAAGUACCAGAAUUAAGAUCAUGACAUCACUUUCUGAUUUGAAACAGUUUCAUCAGGCAAUUCCUCACAAAAUUUCUUCAACGCCUUAACCCUAGAUUGCGAUCACGUCGAUGUUCUCAGGAUAGGUCCAUUGACAAAGUUGUCGAAAUUAUGUGAGCCAGUUUAAACAGAGGAUGGAUGAACAGAGGAUUGAACCUACAUAGUCUCAGGCACCCGGUUUUUAGAAGAUCCUUCGGAGGUUUAGUGAUUUUCGGCAGAAGUGAGUGCUCGUUAGACUUUCUUUCAAGCGUUUGCACGUGGUGGUUUAGUAUACCACCCUUGUGAAAAUUCUUGCAGUAGUGAAGAAAUUGUAAUGUUGCUUGGAGCUUUUGCACUGUAGCGAUGGACGUGUUGACACUAGCAUUGCCACCAUCGCAACGAUCCAAACUUCUUGCAGCAGGCUUUCAUACCACUGCUGCUCUCGUCUCUGUCACACCCUUUCAGCUCUCUCAAGAGGCAAAUAUUACACUAGAGGAGGCCACGGUUGUGCUGAAGUUGGUGCCACGAUCUGACAUUGAUCAUGUUGGCGCUCUUAGUCUUAGUGGUCCUCUAACAGGUUCCACGACAGCGUGGGAUCUUUUGAUACAUGAGAAGAAUAGAAGAAAAAUUGGGACAGGGAGUACAGAGGUGGAUAAAAUUCUUGGCGGGGGAGUUUUGUCUAAGGAGCUUACUGAAAUUUGUGGCGUCCCUGGUGUUGGCAAAACACAGUUCAGUGUGUUUAUUACCAGCAUGCAGUUGGCCGUCAAUGUGCAAAUUCCAGCAGAGUUUGGUGGCGUUGGAGGCCACGCUAUUUAUAUAGAUACAGAAGGGAGCUUUAUGAUGGAACGUGUGUUGCAGAUAACAGAGGCCGUCAUCGAUGAUCUUCGGAACAAGUCCCCAGCUUCUGCAGAGGAUUUAACUGUUGAAGAUUUUCUGUCACAUAUAUACCUUCUCCGGGUCCAUGAUCCAGUUGAGCAGCUUGCUGUUGUCAACACCUUACCCACUCUUCUAGAUGAGCACAAGGAGGUGAGGCUCGUAGUCUUUGAUAGUGUAACAUUUAACUUUCGUCAGGACUUUGAAGAUAUGGCAGGAAGAACUCGACUUUUAGCCAACAUGGCUCAGAAGCUGAUGGCGGUUGCUGAGAAUUAUGAUGUUGCUAUCGUUCUCGUGAAUCAGGUUACACACAAAGUGACAAGCGAAGGCUCUAGAACUGUUCCAGCCCUAGGAGAGAGUUGGUCUCAUGUCUGCACCAAUCGGCUGAUGGUCUAUUGGAUGGAUGGCCAACGGUAUGCUCAUCUGGCCAAGUCUCCGUCCUUACCAGUUGGAACAGCACCAUAUGUGAUCACCGAAGAGGGUGUGCGCGAUGCCCAGGAGUCUCAUAAAAGACCCAAGCUUGUUGAGCCGCAUGGCUGAUAGAAUCGGAUUUUGGGCUGGACCGAACCAUAUUCACAGCUCCUUAUUAUAUAGUCUUCAUCAAGGAGAUAGUCAAGUUUAGCGUUGCAGAAUUCAGAUGUUUACAUGGAGGACUACUUUAACAGGGGGAGCGAAGGAGGGUAUAUGAUUUCAUUCUGUUGCCUAGCUGAAGUUUAACGAAGAUCCACGUCUGCCUUGUGUAGGCAGUCUGGUCAACUUUACGCAAGUACGCAAUGUAAGACGUCGAUACGUGCUAUCUAUAUUCACUAGCCAGUGAGUAUCCUCAUUUCCACGUUAGGUUCAAUGACAGUUAUAAACUUUGGGCUUGACCCUUCAUAAAAUAACUGGAUGCUGUACAAUUUCAUGCAUUUACAGCAUGAAUUUACCAACUGCUUGUUGUUGGGUCUUGGUACAAGAUCACAACCUGAACUGAUAUGUAUCUCAGUCCAUGCAGAUUGCAGUAUAGUCAUUUCUAAACUCUUAGCAUUUUUAAUACAAUAUUGUUAGAUAGCAGCGGUAGCAGUUAUGCUCUUGAAAGAGCAUGUUACUUACCACUAGAUUUCUAUUACUCUUAAUUUUUUUCAAGGGUCUAUUUAGGUGAGGUGAGUUCUACUGUUAGUGAUCCUGCAAGUAAAUUUGGUAUUUGCUUUGAAA